UCUUUCCCCACUCAAAACCAAUUCACCUUUUCCAUAUAUCCAAAAAGCAAGCAACUACUGAUCUCAUCAAUGGCGGCAGUAGAUAACCGCACAGUUCAUGCCUUCAGGUCAACCUCAGACGUCAAACAUUUCUAUAAAUCAUCACCCAAACCGCCAUUACCAUUCGAUAACUAUUCUUCUUCCUCAAGCGACGAAGAAGAUGAGAUUGAAACUGAGAAUUUCAACAACAACCUUAUCAUGAAAUCGAAACAAACAACCGAAAAAGAGUUAAAACAACCGUCCAUCUUCGUUACUCGCGACGACGAAGACGGAACAUCCGAUCAAUGGAUCCCACGGAAUGCCUCACUGGUCCGUCUCACAGGCAAACACCCUUUCAACUCAGAACCACCACUCCAAAAACUAAUGCAACACGGUUUCAUAACACCCGUCCCACUUCACUACGUUCGCAACCAUGGGCCUGUUCCAAAAGCCCAAUGGGAUAAUUGGACUGUUGAAGUAACAGGCCUAGUCAAAAGCCCAGCCCAAUUCACAAUGGCCCAACUAAUCAACGAUUUUCCAAGCCGUGAAUUCCCCGUUACACUCGUUUGCGCUGGUAACCGUCGCAAGGAACAAAACAUGAUAAAACAGAGCAUUGGUUUUAAUUGGGGUGCUUCCGCUGUUUCCACUUCAGUGUGGCUCGGUGUACCGUUACGUACCGUACUCAAGCGGUGUGGAAUUUAUAACCGUAAAAGUGGGGCCCUUUAUGUUUGUUUUGAAGGUGCUGAAGAACUGCCAGGUGGCGGUGGGUCUAAAUAUGGAACUAGUAUCAUGAGGGAGGUUGCAUUGGAUCCUUCCCGUGAUAUUAUACUUGCGUAUAUGCAAAACGGUGACGUUUUGUCACCUGAUCAUGGUUUUCCUGUGAGAAUUAUAAUACCGGGUUUUAUUGGAGGGAGAAUGGUGAAAUGGUUGAAGCGUAUUAUUGUUACACCUCAACAAUCUGAUAGUUAUUAUCAUUACAAUGAUAAUAGAGUUCUUCCUUCUCAUGUUGAUGCUGAACUUGCCAGUGCUGAAGCUUGGUGGUACAAGGCGGAGUAUAUUAUCAAUGAGCUGAAUAUAAACUCCGUGAUAACGUCACCCAGCCACGAUGAAAUACUGCCCAUCAAUUCAUAUACUACUCAAACGCCUUAUUUACUUAAAGGUUACGCAUAUUCUGGAGGUGGUAGAAAAGUGACACGUGUUGAAGUAACAAUGGACGGUGGUGAAACGUGGCAGGUAUGCACAUUGGAGCACUCAGAAAAACCAAACAAAUACGGUAAGUACUGGUGUUGGUGCUUUUGGUUCUUAGAAGUGGAAGUGUUGGAUCUUCUUGGAGCCAAUGAAAUUGCUGUUCGAGCUUGGGAUGAGUCUCUCAACACCCAACCUCAGAAACUCAAUUGGAAUCUCAUGGGUAUGAUGAAUAAUUGUUGGUUCAAAGUAAAAUUUAAUUUAUGCAAGGCUCACAAGGGUGAAAUUGGUAUAUCAUUCGAGCACCCAACCCAACCUGGGAACCAAUCAGGUGGUUGGAUGGCAAAAGAAAAACAGUUGGAGAAAUCAUCAGCGUCUAACUCAAUCCUCAAGAAGAGUCUCUCUUCACCUUUCAUGAUCACUAGCUCAAAAACCUACACACUUUCUGAAGUAAAAAAACAUAAAAAUGUUGAUUCGGCAUGGAUCAUCGUCCAUGGCCACGUCUACGAUUGCACACGCUUCAUCAAAGAUCACCCUGGCGGUGUAGACAGCAUCCUCAUUAACGCUGGCACCGAUUGUACGGAGGAGUUCGAAGCCAUCCAUUCAGACAAAGCUAAGAAAAUGAUUGAGGAGUAUCGAAUCGGUGAACUCAUAACCACAAGUAGUCACAACUCCAAUUUGUCGCCAAAUAACUCAAUGCACCACAAUAAUGCUACCACAAAUUUGGCCCCUAUCAAGGAAAUUAUGCUUAUACCCAUGUGCAGCAAUAUAGCUCUAAACUCGCAAGACAAAAUCCCAUGCAAGCUUCUCUUAAAAAAGACAAUCUCUCAUGAUGUUAGGCUCUUUCGUUUUGCAUUAUCCAAUGAGAAACAACUCUUGGGAUUACCUGUGGGGAAACACAUAUUCUUAUGUGCAACUAUCAAUGAGAAGCUAUGUAUGCGGGCUUACACACCAACAAGUGGUGUAGAUGAGGUUGGAUAUUUCGAUCUAAUUGUCAAGAUUUACUUAAAAGGAGUGCACCCAAAAUUCCCCAAUGGUGGUAUAAUGUCUCAACAUUUAGACUCUUUGUCUAUUGGCUCUGUUUUGGAAAUAAAGGGUCCAUUGGGACAUAUUGAGUAUAAUGGUAAAGGAAAUUUUCUUGUUCAUGGAGAACACAAGUUUGCAAAGAGGUUAGCUAUGUUGGCUGGCGGAACUGGGAUAACACCAAUUUACCAAGUGGUUCAAGCAAUUUUGAAAGACCCAGAGGAUCUCACUGAAAUGCAUGUUGUGUAUGCUAAUAGAAGUGAUGAUGAUAUAUUGCUAAGAGAAGAGAUGGAUGAAUGGGCUAAGAAGCAUGAAAGGUUCAAGGUGUGGUAUGUGGUACAAGAAAUUAAAAGAGAAGGGUGGGAGUAUAGUGUGGGGUUCAUUAAUGAAAGUAUUUUAAAGCAACAUGUUCCACGCGCUUCUCAAGAUACGUUGGCAUUGGUAUGUGGGCCACCACCCUUGAUUCAGUUUGCAGUAAAGCCCAAUUUAGAGAAGUUGGGCUACGAUGUUACCAACAACUUGCUCCUCUUUUAACGCAACCUAGUCCGAAUGGUUACACUACAAAGGUGCAAACAAUAUCUUUUGGUAAGACUACAUUAGCGAAAAAAUAUUUUUGAUAUGAUUCGCAUUACUGAGUAAGAGGUUGUACUUGUAUGUAUGUAUAUACACUAUAGUCUAUAGGCUUGUCUAAUAUGAACAAGUUGAUCAAGUGGUGCAUGGUGCACCUCUAUGCCGAAUACAAGUUUUACAAAAUUCAUCGUUGGAUUGAAAAUUUAUAUCAUAUAGAUCAUCUAUACAAAUUUUUUUAAAAAAUGAAAAUCGUUUUAUGUGUUAUUUAGUAUUUAGACCCAUCAAGAUUAACCGUUUAUAAAUUUUUGUUGAAUAUCGUUAAUCUUGGUGGGUCUCAAUAACACAUCAAAUGAUUUUCAAUUUUUUUAAAACUUUAUAUGAAUAAUCUAUAUGAUAUAAACUUUUAAUCCAACAAUGAAUUUAGUAAAAUUCGUAUUCGUCGUAGGGUUAUUGAUAAGUGGUGCCCCGUGCACCACUUGAUCAACUUUUUCAUGAUAGAACUCGAGUACUCUAUGAAUAUGAACGAAUAUAUCUUUGUAUAAUAUGAAUAAAUAAUUUCGCCAGUUCCGUUGUUUCCAA